GAAGUGGUGUUUACCCAUUUUAGAUCAGCCACAUAUCACACUGAUAGUUUACAACUAACGUUAGUUGUUUUCUGUGACGAUGGCACGAGGCUAGCCGGCGUCUACCUCACGUUUUGUACCAUUACUGAUCCAGCUUAAGAAGCAUUUACACAUUCCAAGCCCCUUGGAUCAGCGUAUCUAAAUCUGUCUCCCGAGUGGUUCCAGACUGGAGCAAUCUGCGAGGUUCACGAAGGCCACCAAGAUCUGGGAUGAAGGGUACAAUAGUUAGUGAGAGCUUUUCAAUCAACACAUAACAGCAGCACAGGAGUCACAAACUGGGGCUUGUCCAUUGCCAGCAUUCACAACACUUUGGAACCUGGUGUCAAUGAUAUGUUGAUGCUUAUCAUUGAUUGCAUUGGUUUUGCAUGAAAGCAAAACCAUACACAAGAUCUUUAGGUUGAUCAGAUUCUGUAACGUGUUCGUUCAGCUUGUGGUUGGUUCUUAUCUACCAACCGUAUGAUGGGAUAUGAGCUCAACACCAACUAUUGUGUGAUUCCCUUAGUUGAUCUAUGGAUAUCUGGUUUGUUCCCAAACAUGGUAGCCCCAUAGACAGGCUGACAUCAUGGGUAACACAAGUGACCGAGUGUCUGGAGAUCGGCAUGGAGCCAAAGCCCACCGCUCAGACAGCGGCGGCAGUCACAAAGACCAAGAAAUCAGCAGCAGCAAGAUGGUGGACAGCACAGACGACCCCAACAUCUUCAACACCCACGGGUCAGAGUCCAAGGUGUUGGGAGAGAAAGAAUCUGACGUGGCUGACCAGGUGAAAACUGGUCCUCAGGCCCGACCCACAGUCAUCCGCUGGGCUGGAGGGGGGAAGGAGGUCUUUAUAGCCGGUUCAUUUAAUAACUGGAGCACAAAGAUACCACUAAAUAAGAGCCAUAACGACUUUGUAGCAAUCCUGGACCUGCCAGAAGGAGAGCACCAGUACAAGUUCUUUGUAGACGGACAGUGGGUGCAUGAUUCCUCAGAGGCGGUUGUAACCAGUCAACUCGGCACCAUCAACAACCUAAUCCAUGUGAAGAAGUCCGACUAUGAGGUGUUUGAUGCCCUUCACGUUGACUCUCUGGAGUGCUCGGACACAUCGGAUCUGUCCAGCUCCCCCCCAGGUCCAUAUGGGCAGGAGCAGUACAUCUUCAGGCCGGAGGAGCAUUUCAAAGCCCCACCCAUACUCCCUCCUCACCUCCUCCAAGUCAUUCUCAACAAGGACACCAAUAUAUCUUGUGACCCUGCCCUGCUGCCUGAACCCAACCAUGUCAUGCUGAACCACCUCUACGCCCUCUCAAUUAAGGAUGGAGUAAUGGUGCUGAGUGCGACUCACAGAUACAAGAAGAAAUACGUCACGUCUCUGCUUUAUAAGCCUAUCUAAAGCACAACUCGGGAGCUCCACGGUGCUUUUAGAGAGCAGCAUGUUUCUAUUUCUCAGGAGGGGGUUUUCGGUAUCAUCACAUUUAGCAAAGUCUUGCACUGCAACAAGUUUACAGGCGAGCCAAAUGGCCGGUGGCCGCGACUUCAGCUUGGUUUUCCAAAGGCUGCAGUUCUGUCUGCAUGGGGCUCUGGAUAGAAGUAGCGAGUGUGUGUAGGCUGUUGGAGAGAGGAAACCCGCAGUGUGGCUUUUUACCUGUAACAUCUACGCACAGAUGAGAGACUGAGCAAAUCGCUGUUCUGACUGCUGGCUGCACAUUGUGAAUAUAUGCAUGAGCGGGUGUAAAACGAGUGCCGGGUUGAUCUGUGAAUUGGGUCAGUUUCUGCCAUGGUGAUUUUAAGAAAAGUGCUCUUGGUGUAGAUCCACUGUUUGAUUUUGAAGUGUUGUUGUGUUACGUUUUGAACCAAUUGAAGUAUUCGUGGUGUGGAUGUCGACCGGUGCAGCAGACUGAGCACAGCGUACACAUGAAGUGCAAUAACGAGCUGUAAAGAGAACCAAACUCAACAUACGAAAACAAGAGUUUAUUUUAACGGUUCCCGUCGCGUGUAUCGUUGAUCUCCCGACAGUGAAGCUCUCGUACAGUGGAAUCUAUAAUGUUGCGUAAGCUGCUAUUGUUGCUCACUGUAGGAGUACUGUCUGUUUCAUCAAGAGAAGCCCACUUUCCACAGAGAGAAUGGAGGUCGAAGGCUUUUUAUCUCGACUUUCUGUGAACACUGAGAGCUGGAGCGUUGAUAUAAGCUUUUAUUUACACAGCAGACAACUCUGCCCGAUGUUUGCUUUUGCUUCUUUAGAUAGGAGGAUCUUGCAGUGCUUUUUGAAUGCACCUGCAUGAGUUCUAUUCAUCAAAUGUGUUCACCUCAACAGCUUAAACUUGCUGCUUUGCAUGCGUCGAAUGCUCCCAACUUGCGAGGAUACGACACAAUUUACUGAGUUUGGUCCACAUUCAGAUGAAUUUACAGGGCUAUGAGGAGGGAGAGAUGUAUUUUACUGUAUAGCUGUUAGACAUAAACUGGAUUUUAAGGUGUAUACUUUAGUUAUUUGUGUCAAGUUGUGCUGUUUGAUACCAAAUGUAUCAAUGGUUGACAGGCUCUUAAAAGGGGCUCUCAUAACUCCUCUGCAUGUUCAACUAGACGCUCUCAAAGUAUUUUAUGAAUGUUGAGUCUAGUAGAGAAGUUUUGUCCAAAGAGGGUUUUUUUGUUUUUUCCCCAUGAAAAGAGCUUGAGGGGAAGUGCCAUCGUGCUGUUGUAAGGCUAAAACCCCAAAAAUUUUCAUGACCGUUUCCUGAAUGUUUUAAAAUGCUUUGCAGGUGUUUCUCUGUACACGGUUUUACUCUGCAAAUAAAGAGCGGAUACGCUGGUCCUAAUUCC